CCAGCACAACCCCGACGUCGGGACUGGGCACAGCCGCCAUCGUGGGCAUCCUCAUCGUCAUCUUCAUCCUCCUGAUGGUGGCCGUGGACAUCACCUGCUACUUCCUGAACAAGUGUGGCCUUUUCAUGUGCAUUGCCGUCAACCUGUGUGGCAAAGCAGGUCCUGGUGCGAAGGGGAAGGACAUGGAAGAGGGCAAAGCUGCCUUCUCGAAGGACGAAUCAAAAGAGCCCAUCGUCGAAGUGAGGACGGAAGAAGAACGGACUCCAAAUCACGAUGGAGGCAAACACACCGAACCCAACGAAACCACCCCGCUCACUGAGCCAGAGCACCCUGCCGACACCGUGGCAGCCACAGAGGACAUGAUGCCGUCCGUCACCACAGUCACCACAAACUCUGACACCAUCACUGAGACCUUUGCCACUGCCCAAAAUAGCCCCACCAGUGAGACCACCACACUGACCUCCAGCAUCACACUGCCAGACACCCCCAUACCCAAUGCCACCAUGGGGCCCCCCAGCCAGGGCACGCCUUCCAAAGCCGCGGCCCCUUCUCCCCCACCAGCCUCCGCCCCCAAAGUGGCUCCCCUGGUGGACCUCAGCGACACCCCCGCAUCCCCUCAAGCCGCUGGCAAUUUAUCCUCCAACGUCCUCAACCACCAGGGCGCGGUGUUGAGCCCCAGCUCCACCAGCAAGGGGCCCGAGGCUCCCAAGGGCCCUGCCAUUGCCUCCCCACCCUCCAAUCCAGCCAGCCUUCCAGACUCCUCCGAGGCCAAGCAGGAGGCAGCCUCCAGUGCCAGGAGCCCCGAGAAGGAAUCCGCGCGGAAGAGCGCCGCAAAGAGCCCGACGGAGGCACUGAAGACCGCGGGGGGGCAGAAAGGCGAGGCGGCCCCAGGGGGCACCAGAAACCCUCCUCAGAAUGAGGACUUUAAAAUGGACGAGGGGACCUUCAAGACACCCGACCUUGACCUUGCCAAGGAUGUUUUUGCCGCCCUGGGCACAGCGGCCCCCGCUGUCGAAGCCCCAGCCGCAGCCCCUGCAUCCGCCCUGGAGACUUCAGCAUCGCCAGCGCCUGCCAAGACAGAGAAAAACGCUGUAGAAGAAAAGCCGGCCGUUCCCGCCACAGAAGCCAACAACGCAGCCCCCGCAGAAGUGAAGACGGUCCCCAACGAAGCCACACAAACAAAUGAAACUGAGAGCAAAGCAUGAUGGGCUCCGUGGGUCGAAAGCAGAGCAGGCGGGAAAUUUAAACAAAACAAAACACACACAAAAAAAUUGACAGAACAGCUUCACCUGAGCAUUUAAAACACAAAAAAUACACAUCUCAUUCCUCUAGUGUCUUUGCCUUUUUUAAAUGAAAACAGACAAAAAAAAAAAUGCAUACAACGGGGAAAAUGUGUUUGGUUAUUGGGGGGGGGGAUUGUUUUAAUUAGGGCUUGUUUUUUUGUUUUUGUUUUUCUGUUUGUUUUUCUGUUUGGGUAGGUUUGUAGAAAGAAUCUUACUUCAUGUGCACUUGCUUUGAAGAGGAAAGGAAAUUCCCCCCCUCCUUUUCCCCUCCCACCCCGACCCUUCCACGCUCACUUCUUCGAGGACAGCAGACAGUCCGUGCAAAACAUCCCCGUUCAAUGUACCCAAACUAACUACUGCAAAUUUAGGGAGAAUCAGAAACAGAAUUAGCAAGGCGUGGCCAAGCGGAACGGUAA